AUGAAGCCAAAGAAAGAAGUAAAUCAGGUGGAUGGGGGAAAGGAUAACAUACGUGAUGAUCCGCUCCCUAUUCCUCAUGAAUUUUACCAGCCAGGGGAUCUUGUUAUUGGUGGGAUGGUUUCUCAAGUCCUCUUUCUCUAUAAUGUACCUUCUCUAAUUGAACCACCUACACAGAUUGUAACUGAUGAACCUAUUUCGGUGCCUAAGGACUACCAGCACAUCCUGGCCUUAGCCUUUGCUGUAAAAGAGAUAAAUGAGAACCCCAAUAUCUUACCAAACAUUUCCCUGGGAUUCCACAUUCUUAAUAGCUACACUGCUAGCAUGACCUAUAAGGCCACCCUGAGCCUGCUUUCUAAACAACAAAGAUUUUCUCCUAACUUCAACUGUCAAAAUCAGAACAAACUGGUCGCUGUUGUUGGAGGAUGCAUCUCUGAAAUCUCUGCCAAUGUGGCCAUCAUUUCAGCAAUCCACAAGACACCACAGAUGGUCCCCAAUGAAGCCCACCAGCACAAGGGAAUUGUGCAGUUACUUCAGCAUUUCAGAUGGACAUGGGUUGGGCUUUGUGCCGUGGAUGAUGACAAAGGGAAUAGGUUUUUACAAACAAUAGUGCCAAUGCUUACCCAGAAUGGCAUCUGUUAUGACUUCAUAGUAAACAUUCCAAAAUGGAGUUAUAUGGAUGAGAUGCUAGACUGGUUUUUUAAGCACAUGGAUGCUUAUAUCAUUGUCUUUGAAAGAAAGGCCAAUGUAUUUUUUGUAUAUGGGGAACCUCCAUCCUUUCAAGUUAUAAGAAUGAUGUUGUUUCUAGCACCCUUGGUGGACUUGCCCCCUCUGGGUAAAGUGUGGAUUAUUACAUCCCACUGGGAUUUUGCAUCACACUCUAUUCAGAAGAUCUGGGAUUUACAAACCUUCCAUGGUUCCAUAUCCUUCACGGUUCAUUCAAAUCAACCAUUGGGAUUCCAAAAUUUCCUUCAGAUGCUAAGACCUUCAUGGGCCCAAGGAGAUGGUUUUAUCCAGGACUUUUGGGAACAGGCAUUCAACUGUUCAUUACAAAUGUCUAAUGGGCAGCAUCAGGAAAGGAAAUACUGCUCUGGAGGAGAGAAAGUGAAGAGUCUUCCUGGUACCUUGUUUGAAAUGGAAAUGACUGGCCACAGCUACAAUGUUUACAAUGCCGUCUAUGCUGUGGCUCAUGCUUUGCAAGCCAUUUACAAAUCCAAUUCUAAAGGCAGACAGUUGGGAGAACAACAGAAACUGUUUUUUCAGAAUGUGCAACCAUGGCAGGUCCAUCAUUUUCUAAGGUCCAUUUUGUUCAACAAUAGUGCUGGGGAUUCAGUGUGUUUUGAUGAUAAUGGAGAGUUAGUUACGGGUUUUGAUGUAACAAACUGGAUUAUUUCCCCGAAUGGCUCAUUGUUUAGGGUCAAAGUUGGAAGACUGGAUUCUCAGGCACCUUUAGGAAAAGAAUUAAGCAUAAAUGAUGAUCAAAUUGUGUGGCAUAAUGUUUUUAAUCAGGAUUGCCUGGUUUUCCCACGGCAGCUGAGGGAUAUAAAACAAUACAAUAAAAACCCUAACCUAAAUGAAAGCAAAAUGAUCUAUUACCCUUUCUUUAUUGAUUCUGUACAGGUGCUACCCAUUUCUGUGUGCAAUGACUGCUGCUAUCCUGGCUACAGCAAGAAAAAGAAGGAGGGAGAGAAAUUUUGCUGCUAUGAUUGUGCUCCAUGUCCAGAAGGAAUGGUCUCUAAGUAUAAAGAUAUGGCUGCCUGUGUGAAAUGUCCAGAAGAUGAGUAUCCCAACCAUGACCAAACCCAAUGCAUUCCCAAGGUCCCAAGCUACCUCUCUUAUGAAGAAGAUUUAGGGCUUAUCUUAGUUAUCUUGACUAUUUCUUUCUCUCUGGUCACAACAUUCAUCCUUGGGACUUUUAUGAAGCACAAUAAUACUCCCAUAGUCAAAGCCAACAAUCGGACUCUCACCUACAUCCUCCUCAUCUCCCUCCUGCUUUGUUUCCUCUGCUCCUUUCUCUUCAUUGGACAGCCUGGAAAGGUGACCUGCCUUCUCCGACAAAUCACUUUUAGCAUCAUCUUUUCUGUGGCCCUUUCCAGUGUUUUGGCAAAAACCAUUACUGUGCUUCUGGCAUUCAUGGCAACCAAACCAGGAUCCAGGAUGAGGAAAUGGAUAGGGAAAAGGCUGGCAAAUUCUAUUAUCCUUUUCUGCUCCUUUAUUCAGGCUUCCCUUGGUACUCUUUGGUUAAGUACAUCCCCUCCAUUCCCAGAUACGGAUAUGCACUCGCUGCAUGGGGAAAUCAUACUUGAAUGUAAUGAGGGUUCAGUGGCCAUGUUUUAUGGUGUCUUAGUCUAUAUGGGUUUGUUGGCCAUUGUCAGCUUCAUCUUGGCUUUCCUUGCCAGGAAGCUACCUGACAGUUUCAAUGAAGCCAAAUUUAUUACUUUCAGCCUGCUGGUGUUUUGUAGUGUUUGGUUGUCCUUUGUUCCCACCUAUCUGAGCACCAAAGGAAAAUACAUGGUAGCUGUGGAGAUCUUUUCCAUCUUGUCCUCUGGUGCUGGAUUACUGGCUUGCAUCUUUUCCCCAAAAUGCUACAUUAUUAUAUUCAGGCCUGAGCUUAACACCAGGGAAAUACUAAUCAGCAGAAAAAAGUAAAAGAACAUGAAUGCAUCUGUUUUUUGUUUGUGUAUGUAGUUCAUUGGAAAUGCUGGUGGGAGGGAUGUCAUAAGAAUUUGGUCAUGGGUCCUUGCUUAAGCAAACAUCUGUCCUUAAAUUCUUGUAUGCAGAGUUUGGCCAGAAACAUUGCAUUUAUAUUUGCUUCUCACUUAAGUUUGCUAGCAUCCCUUGCAUUUGAAUCCUAGAUGGAAUGUGUAUGUAAUUUUCAAACUCGUAUGAUUCAUUUUUGUGCUGGUC